ACCACAAAGUCUAAAUUGCUGCUGCUGAAAGCUUGUGCUGAGCUUGGGCCUGUGCUGAUGUGAGAGUACAGCCCCUCCUGCCUCGUGGCUUUAACAGAAAGGUUUUAUUAAAAAUGCCAGGUGAGAAGCAGACUGCAAUGAAAUACUACGUUGGAGUUGACGUGGGCUCAGCCAGCGUUCGCGCGGCUCUGGUGGACGGGUUUGGGACGGUGGUGGCACAUGCAGAACAGCCCAUCCAGAUUUGGGAGCCACGGCCAGACCACUAUGAGCAAUCCUCUGCAGACAUCUGGGCUGCCUGCUGCUCUGUCACAAAGGAAGUUGUCCGUGGAGUGGAUGCCAGCCAGAUCCGAGGGCUUGGUUUUGAUGCUACCUGUUCCCUUGUUGUGGUGGAUAAACAGUUGCAGCCUUUGGCAGUCAACUCUGAAGGACAGAACCAUAGGAAUGUGAUCAUGUGGAUGGACCAUCGUGCAGCAAGCCAAGUCAAGCGCAUCAAUGCAACCCAGCACAGAGUUCUGAACUAUGUAGGGGGAGCCCUGUCUGUGGAAAUGCAGCCACCUAAAUUGCUCUGGAUAAAGGAAAACUUGCCAGAAUCAUGGAAGAAGGUUGGCUACUUCUUUGAUCUUCCGGAUUUCUUAUCUUGGAAAGCCACAGGUGUCACUGCAAGGUCUCUCUGUACAGUGGUGUGCAAGUGGACAUACUCAUCAGACAGAGGUUGGGAUGACAGUUUCUGGAAAAUGAUUGGCUUGGAAGAUUUGGUGAAGGAUAAGUAUGAAAAAAUAGGACAGCACGUCUUGUCUCCUGGAGAAGCUGUUGGGAAAGGUCUAACGCCAGACGCUGCGAAAGAUCUCGGUCUCCCCGAAGGGAUUGCAGUGGCAGCAUCUCUCAUUGAUGCACAUGCUGGAGGACUAGGAGUGAUUGGAGCAGAUGUGAAAGGACAUAACCUUCCAUGUGAGAACCAGCCGAUUACAUCCCGAGUCGCUAUGAUCUGUGGAACAUCUUCGUGCCACAUGGGGGUCAGUGAAUCCCCCAUUUUUGUGCCUGGUGUUUGGGGACCAUAUUUCUCUGCGAUGGUACCUGGAUUGUGGUUGAAUGAGGGAGGCCAGAGUGCUACAGGAAAACUGAUCGAUCAUGUGGUGCGAGGCCACGUCGCCUUCCCAGAAUUAGAGGCAAAAGCUGCAGCCAGUGCUCACAGUAUAUAUACAUACUUGAACAGUCACCUGGAUCUGAUUAAGAAAUCUUUGCCUGUGGGUUUCCUCACUGUUGAUUUACAUGUUUGGCCAGAUUUCCAUGGUAACAGAUCUCCCUUAACAGAUCUGACACUAAAGGGCAUGGUUGUUGGACUAACAUUGUCUCGGGGUCUGGAUGAACUUGCCCUUAUCUACCUGGCCACAAUCCAAGCCAUUGCUUUAGGAACAAGACAUAUUUUGGAGGUGAUGCAGGCUGCAGGACAUGACAUCACCACGCUGUUCCUGUGUGGUGGGCUGAGCAAGAACCCUCUCUUUGUGCAGAUGCAUGCUGACAUUACUGGCAAGCCUGUUGUGCUGUCCAAAGAAGUGGAGUCUGUUUUGGUGGGUGCUGCUAUUCUUGGAGCUUGUGCUUCUGGGGAUUUCGCAUCUAUCCAGGAGGCCAUGGCGAAAAUGGGGAAAAUUGGGAGAGUCGUGCAGCCCAACCAUGAGCAUAAAAGAUUUUAUGACAAGAAAUACGAAGUAUUUUUGAAGCUUGUGGAGCACCAGAGAGAGUAUCGCUCCAUCAUGAACAGCUUGUGAUCCAGAGGGAGGGAAUCUGGGAACAGCAGGGAUAACAAAUUUCCAGGCAUGUGUGAUGCGGGUAAUUUCUUCUUACUGUACUGUCCAUGUUAAAAAUAUACAAAAUACACUUUUAUCAUUGAAAGUAUACAUUUUAAUUUUUAAUGAGAAAUAAAAUGCAGUCA